AUGAUAUGGGACUAUUAUAAUGGCAAGACCCUAUUCAUCACCGGGGGCACGGGUUUCAUUGGAACUGCGCUUCUGUGCCGACUUUUGAGUCAGUCGUCUCCGAAACGAGUAUAUGUGCUAUGUCGGGGUGGCUCCGACAAAGCGAAAGCAAAAUGGUCCGGCAUGCUUCCUCCGUCUGCCGCACAAAUCCUCACCCAAAACGAGCGGAUGACUAUCCUUGACGGCGAAUUGGGAAAUACAGCGACAAUGAAUUUAUCAGAAGAGACACUACAGAUGCUGAAACGGACGGUGCACAUUGUCUUCCACGUCGCAUCAUCAGCCCAACUACAAAGUUCUCUGCGAGAGUUAGCGUAUACUGUACUGGCACCAAGCAUAUGUCUCACACAAUAUGCCCUAAAAUUCCCCAACCUCGAACGCUUCGUAUUUUUCUCUACUGCAUAUGCCAACGCCCAUCUAUGGAAAGCCCAGGAAUCAACUGAUGUAUCAGUUGACGAGAGAAUAUAUCCCCUCGGCAGGGAGGAGGAAGAUUACUACAAGAUUGCACUUGAAGCAUGGAGCGCAGUACAGAAAACCGGCUCAUCCGACGAAUACGACGCCCAUGAUUUCCCAUGGCCAUACGCAUACGCCAAACAUCUGGCUGAACGAUUAGUCCUGCAGAAGGCAGCCGAGCGUAACAAAAUGGAUAAAGUCCUAAUCAUCAGACCGUCUGUCCUCGGACCAGCCGAUAAGUUCCCAUACCCCGGGUUCGCGACCUCAGACGGAGCCCCCUCGACUGCCUGUGCAGCAGCGUACAUGUUACAUCCAGGUCGACGAAUCAAGCUCUCAACACGAUUUGAAAAUCCAAAUCAAGAAUCCACGAUCGACGAGGUACCGGUUGAUGUGGUAGUGGAUCGAACACUGGUCCAUGUGGCGCUGGGAACGAGUGGAUGCAUCCAUGCAGUUAGUGGGGAACAGGGCCGGUUAUCGACUGAGGAAUGGUGGCGUGCGUUCAAGAAAGAGAGACGACUGCCCUGGAAUGCGAGGCCCUCUUGGACUUCUGACGACUGGCAUUCUCCUAAUCUCCACCAAAUGGCUCGGCGGUUCAAGAUUAUUGGUACUUCGUUUGCGUUCUCGCAGGAGCGGACUGUUAAGGCUGCAGAGAAGCUAGGCGCCGAGGAGAAAGAGAAUCUUCAGUUGUUUGCUGAUCGGUCGAAGCCUUACUCUCUACAUUUGAGACGACAUCAUAUUCAUCAUCAGGCUGUCGAGGUGGCUAAGAAGAAGAAAUGGCCUGUGUGCUAUGCUAGGCUGUUUUGUCGGAAGGGAAAGCCUGCGGCACACCUAGAUAAGAAUGUAAAGGCUAGAGCAUAA